UUCUGGCUACGAUGAAGAAACGAUUGAUGACCUUAUUUUUCUUAUCAAGAAAGACAGUGUUCAUGUGUAUUGUAACCCCAUCAACUAUCAUUACCUCCUGCCUUACAUUAGCUCAUGGCAGAACCUCCAAAUACACUGUAUGACUGAAAAUGAGUUUGAAGAGGAUGAAGCUGCAGAAAACUUCAAGAUUAAGAGUUUCAUUGAGAUGAAUCAAAACUGCUUGAAAAUUGGUGUUCCAUACAGCACACAUGGUCACCAACAGAAGUUUGACCCAUUUACAAUUGAGAAAUGGCCGCUGGUUCAAGCCCAUGGCCUUGAUGAGUUUGGCGCUGGUGGAUUUUUUACAAUGAAGUAUGAGGUCGUUGACAUGAGUCUAGUAAUGACCAGUAUCUACAGCCUCAUUGACCCUGUCUCACUCGAGGAAAUGGUUACAGAAAAGCUCCCACUAUUUGAGCGUCAAUGCCAGUCUAUCAUUACAUACAUUGACAUGGUUUUUAAGGAAGAUUCCACCCUGGAGAAUAUUACAGAGAGUAAAGUUUUUGAGCCGAUUCAAAGCUAUUUCAGCCAUGGACGAGUGUCAAGUAGCAGCAUGGAUGACACAAGGCAGCCUUAUCUAAUAUUUGGCUCACAUUCCACAAAAGCUUGUCUAAAGGAUGCAGAACAGGGCAUUGCUAGUAACUUAGACAUGGCUUUAAAGACAUCAGGCCCAGCUGGAAAACCAGCCAAGCACAUGGUUUUCCAAGCUGUUUGUCCACGGACUCCUCUUUGCUGUGCUCGGACAUAUUUCUUGAACAGUGGACACCGUCCCUAUCCUAUGAGUAGAGCAAGUCCAAAGGCUCCUAGCCCACCUAAAUCGGAUAUUGAGCUGUUAAAUAAACUGUAUAUGAUUGUGAUUGAUGCUGUCCUAUGUACUAUCAACAUCUAUGGCCAGAUUGCUAGUGUCAAACAGUGUAAACAGUCAUGUUUGCAGAAACUGAUGGAAAAUGCAGUGCAAAAUAAACUUGAUCACUUCCCUUUUCUGUCCAACAAUAAUCAUGUGGAGUUUGGUAUCAUUGCUUUGGAUAAGUUUGGGAAUAAAGUUAAUUUAGAAGAUGGCUGUAGCAUUUCAUAUGGAAAAACUAUCAGCCUGUGCAUAUAUGACAUUCCCAGUCUAGAAUAUCCAGGCCAACUGCUAGGUUCUGUUGUAUUUGCCGAGAGCUUCCUUGAUUCCUCACUGCAGGUUUUAAGUACAGAUAACACCAAAGAUGUGAGCAGUGAGUGUGUAGUGUUGACAAGUGCUAUUCCAAGGACUGUUUCAUGGGCUGCUAAUAAAGGAAAUGAGGAGCUAAUAAAAGAAAGAGAUUCAUAUCUUCUGUGUUCAUCAGAUACUUAUGGCAAACUGUUGCUUGAUGGAGAGUCUGUCCAGGUAUUGGGGUGUCCCCAAAAUGAUGCUCCUUCUGAAGGUCAGCUGUAUAUCUACCAAAGAGCAAUCAUCUUGCAACACUGUCGUCAUGGUCUUGUUGUGUUCCCCAAGUCAUACUUUGAAGAGCUUCAGCUGUAUGAUGGAGAUUCUUUCAACAAAGUAGCAAUACUGGUGAUGGUGUAUAGACAUUCACUGCAGUCAUUCCUUCCACUGCAAUACCACACACCAGGUGAUCAGGUCAUGUUCAUCUUUCAACCAAAGACUAGAGUCUACAAAGCAUUCUACAGUGAGGUGUUGUCAGCAUGGCAGAAUGCAGGAGAUGGUCCACAGCUAAAGCAAGUUGACAAACCACCUCAAAUUUAUGCUGACAAGUGGGUGACAUUGAAGGCACCUUUUGAGAGUCGUGAUGAGUUUGAUGCGAAGGAGCUUCAAGCAUCAUUAAGUAGCACAGUAGCAGCUGCAAAGAAGCGAGGAAUUAGAGCUAGCAUUGGAGGAAAGAAGAGACUAAGAAUUCUGUAUAUACCACCUGGGUUUGUAGACCUACCAAAAGCAGUGCAUGCCAUAGAGCAUCACCCUGACCCAGCCAUUGCUGGACAGUUGAGCAUUGGUGCCGUCACAACUUGCGUUGACCCUCUCAAUAUGUUUAUCACCAACAGAUUAACUUUGCCUAAGUUGCUGAACCAGUGUGCUGAAGGCUGGGUUAAUAAUGUAUUGUUUACCAGCAGUACUGAAGCAAAGGAUCCGAAUCUAGCAACAGCUCAACAAUUGAUACGAGCUGUCAAUACUAACGUUGCAUUCAUCAUUGCAAACCAUGGUGAUUUAACAAGAAGUCCUGAUGCAGAAUUAAUUUUGUCAGAGACGGCAUUCCAGGAAGCUAGUGCAAUACGAGCAAGGCACCAUAAUCCAGAUAGAUGUAUUAUUCCAUCUUCACUUUCCAUCCCUUCAAUUGGUGAAUUUGCCCUACAUUUUAGUCAGCCAUUGGACAAGUCUAAGCUGAUCAGCAAACUACGUUGUCUUAAGGCAAACCUUUCCCCUCAUCCCUUCGCAGGCAAUAUCUACGCUGUCAGGGCAAAAGUAGCCUUUACAGAUUCAGAGAAACAAAUGGAAGUACACUAUGUGACGCUUAGUGGGCACCUGAGUGUGGCGCCCAUCAGUGAUUCCCCUGUAAUUCGUCCCCCUUCCACUGCUAAGAAUGGUUCCUCAACUACAGGUGUGAACAAUAGGGAUUGUAAUAGGGAGGAUAGCAGAGUACUGAACUGUGUUGUGUUCACAGGGUGUAGUUUUGAACAGCAACAGCUACAGGAUUGGCUUCGAUCUUGUGCAAGACAGAAACCACAAAAGAAAACAUUGAGGACAAGAACUAGUUUAACUAAACAAGAGCUAAAAAAUAUUCAUACUAAGCAUCAUUUGGACCCUUUACCUGAAGGUUGGUUCUAUAAUGGUUCUCAGUAUGUUAGUAUGGCUGGGGAUAGAAAUACAGCACAUCCAGAUAUGGAGAAUUUUGUUGAAGAAUAUUUAAUGGAAUCUAACAAGAUGAUUGAAGCAUACAACGACAAAAUUGAUCAAGAAGAUUUUGAAGACCUGUUUCCUUAGAAGGUACUGGCUUUGUUAGAGAGAAGCUUUACAUGGGUUAACGUGCCCCAUACAUGAUGGGUGUCCUGCGUCCUUUUGCCUGAAAAAUGCAUAUCCUGUGUCCCUUUGUCCAAAAAAUGAGGAUAUGAUGAGUUCCAUUUGAAUUUUGGUAUUCAAUAAAUUGUUACAGUUGAUGUUAAAUGAUAGUUUUUUGGUGCAGAUGUACUUAAAGUUCGAACUUUACCUAUGGUUGUGUUGGGAUUCUUACUAAAUAUAAGGUAUUUGUCUUUUCUAGGUUAGAAUUUAUAUUGUGUGAUGAUUUUCCUUUUGUUUAUUAUUUUUUGUUUUAAAUUAUGUUUAAUGAAAUAGUUAGAUUUAAUUAAAUAUUUUUGUUUGCAUAGUUUAUUCUGUCCAAUAACUUCACAGAAGUACUUUAAAAAAAACCUUAAUCUCAAUUCUACAAAAGAAGAACUAGCUUGAAUACAAUCCAUUAUUUAAACAUACAAUACAAAAAAAUGCUUGAAAACCAGUUGUUUUGAAUAAAUAUUCAACACAACCAGGAGCAAGUGACCAAAUGCAAAAAUGAAAAAUUCUUCAUGUACAAAAUGUGUUUUUUUAAGAUAAGAAGUUUUGUAUCUUUGAUUGGUUGCACAGUUGUGUUCUGUUUUCACUCCAUUUACUAUAGUGAAUUGUAAAUGCUUUGCUCAAUUAAAAUGCCUUGAAAUGAACUUGUGAAUGAAUUUUGGUGUGUUAUAUAUUCCUAUAAAUUGACUCUGUUUGAAAAUGUUUAUUUAUGCAAAUCUAUUAAUAUUUCUUAUAUAAUAAAUUAUCUAGAGAAGUUUUGUUAUUUAUCGGUUUGAGUCUACCACAUACCAUUCACUUAAAUAAUUACCAUUACCGUAAAAGCUUUAAAAUUUACUUUAUCUGAUUGACAUUUAGUAUACAGCAUUGUGUGUUAAACCAAGGACUUUUAACUGUUACCAGGAUAGGAAGCUGGCUGGUUUAAGCCAUCUAACUUGAAUUAGCCUUAUGUGUGGUAUUAUUAUGCUAAUGAGGCAGAUAAACACAAUCUGCACAUGCUCAAAAAACAAGACUUUCCUUAGCCUCACUGCGUAUCGGCUAGGCGUACAGCGACUAGGCGUAGCUAAUUUUAUUUUUGUUUGUUACAAACCACUGACUUAGGUUGUUUGUCAUCACUUCAAGCUGUCUACCCAUUCGUGGCAAAGGCAUAUUAAAAUAAAAAAUAUUGGCGUUUGUGAGCAAUACAUUUAAUAUUAUAUAGGUAAGUAAUAAGUAUAUGAAUAAAAUUAAAUGCACUAGUUAGUUGAUAACUUUCUUCUGCAUUAUUAGAUGUGAUUAGACAUGGCCUAGGCUAGCCUAUGUGAUGUUACUACAUAACAAAAUCACAUAAUUUAAAAUCAAAUUUUUAAACAUAACUUGCCUUUUAUCUUAACUAGCAGGUGAUUUUAUUGGUAGAUUAGUUUGUUUUUAAGUGUGUAAGUAUGAUUGAUUUGCAUGCCAAGUGAAAUUAGUACCCUUACUUGGCUUUGUUUUACCGUACCGUAGCUGUACACCUAGCCGAUACGCAGGGUGGCUAAGGAAAGUUUUCUUUUUCUGGGCAUGUGCAAAUUCUGCUUAUCUGGCUCAUUAGCAUAACAAUACCACACAUAAGGCUAAUUCAAGUUAGACGGCUUAAACCAGCCAGAUUCCUAUCCUGGUAACAGUUAAAAGUUCUGGUUAAACGUUCUAUGCUAUGUUCAAUGCUCAAACAAUUUAAUCUGGUUUCUGUUAUUUAUGGAAAUGUCACAACAGUACAUGGUUUACUUUAAAGAAUACUUCCAUGUAUAGCAAUGUGUUACACUUUUUGAUAUUUACUAUAACAGUGUGUUACACUUUUUGACAUUUAUUAUAACAGUGUGUUACACUAAUUGACAGUUACUAUAUAGUAUUGUUUUACACUUUUGAACAUUUACUAUAUCAGUGGUGGAUCCACGGGGUUCCCCUAGGCAGCAGUGAAAAAAUCACUAACCAAAAAGAUUUAAACUCCAAAGCUUCCAGUUGGCAUAGUUCCUGGACCCCACAAUAGGUUAAAAAAAAGAGCACACACCUUCCGCUCUUGACGAUUGAUUUCAUCCCAUUCUGGUAGUUAUUUUGAUUGCCACCCUGGCAAAAAAUAUUCUGAAUACGCCACUGCAUAUUAUCGUAAUGUGCGUUAAAUACAUACAUUUUACUCUAUAAUAAUGGUAACAGUGUGUAUUACAUAGUCAGAGUCACAUUCACUAUAACAGUACAUAAUAGUAAUUUUAAAUAUAGUACGGUUUAAUAUUUGUUGUUUUUGUUGCAAAUGAAAUUUAAAUUUCAGGAAAUGAAGUUGUGAUUUUAUUUUGUGAUCUCGUAAAAAAUGGUUUGAUCCAUUGCCAAUAUGAUUGAAAAUAAAAUAUCACAGAAAGAUUAGUGAUUUA